AUCGUAGAUCCUCCAAGUGAUGACAAUGAGGAGUAUCCGGGUGAUGUAUCGCAUUUUGAUGCGUUCGAGCCCUUGUAUGAGGAUGAUGUUAGAAAGCUUGUUGUGGACUCGCACAAAAAAUCAUGUUACCUUGAUCCAGUGCCAACAGAUUUCUUGGUGAAAUGUCUGGAUGUGUUACUUCCUGUGAUUACAAAAAUAAUCAAUAUCUCACUUGAAACUGGGCACUUUCCUAGAGACUGGAAGGAAGCUAUCAUUCUUCCCAUAUUAAAAAAGUCUGGGCUGGAGUCCGCUUUUGAAAAUCUUCGUCCCAUCAGUAAUUUAGCAUAUAUUUCAAAGCUUAUUGAACGAGCAGUAUAUAAUCAAACGCACGAUCAUAUCCUUCGAUGUGGCUUUUAUCCAGUUUUGCAAUCUGCUUACCGGCGGUAUCACUCCACAGAGACUGCGUUACUCAAAGUACUCAAUGACAUUUUGUUGAGCAUGAACAGUCAACGUGUCACUCUCUUGGUUCUUCUGGACCUAAGUUCCGCUUUUGACACAAUUGAUCAUGGAAUUUUGCUGGAACGGUUAAGGUCAAAAUUUGGAAUACGUGGAACAGUUCUCAGUUGGUUUUCUUCCUAUUUGUCUGGUCGAAGUCAACGUGUUAUGCUAAAUGGUACCCUUUCUGAUUCAUCUGAUUUGAACUUUGGUGUCCCGCAGGGUUCGUGUUUGGGGCCUCUUCUUUUUAUAUUAUAUGCCUCCAAACUGUUCGAUGUUAUUAACAAUCACUCGCCAGAUUUACAUGGUUUUGCUGAUGACACUCAGUUGUAUGUGUCAUUCAAACCUGACUACCCAUGCGAUCAAUGUGAAGCGAUCUCGGUAAUGGAAAGCUGUGUCAACGAUCUUCGGAAAUGGAUGAUUCAAGAUAAAUUGAAACUAAAUGACG